ACGGAAGCCGGGAGGUGCCGCCGACCGCGCCUGCGACAGCGUCAGCUCUGCGCGGAGCGCCGGCCCAUGGCGGCGGCGGCGGCGGCGGCGAUGGCAGAGCAGGAGGGCGCCCGCAACGGCGCCCGCAACCGCGGUGGCGUCCAGCGCGUGGAGGGCAAGCUGCGUGCCAGCGUCGAGAAGGGUGACUACUACGAGGCGCACCAGAUGUACCGGACCCUCUUCUUCAGAUACAUGUCCCAAAGUAAGCAUGCAGAGGCCCGGGAGCUCAUGUACUCAGGAGCGUUGCUGUUCUUCAGUCAUGGCCAGCAGAACAGUGCAGCCGACCUGUCCAUGCUGGUCCUCGAAUCCUUGGAGAAGGCAGAGGUGGACGUAGCUGAUGAGUUGUUGGAAAAUCUGGCUAAAGUGUUCAGCUUGAUGGAUCCAAACUCUCCUGAGCGAGUAGCUUUUGUGUCCAGAGCCCUGAAGUGGUCCAGUGGAGGGUCUGGGAAACUGGGCCAUCCUCGGCUCCACCAGUUGCUGGCCCUAACGCUGUGGAAAGAGCAAAACUACUGUGAGUCUCGGUAUCAUUUCCUGCACUCCACUGACGGCGAGGGCUGUGCCAACAUGCUGGUUGAGUACUCCACUGCCCGAGGCUUCAGAAGUGAGGUGGACAUGUUCGUGGCCCAGGCUGUGCUACAGUUUCUCUGUUUGAAAAACAAGAACAGUGCCCUGGUGGUCUUUACCACGUACACACAGAAGCACCCGUCCAUUGAGGAUGGGCCACCCUUCGUUCAACCCCUGCUCAAUUUCAUCUGGUUUCUGCUGCUGGCUGUGGACGGUGGCAAGCUGGCCGUGUUCACCGUGCUGUGCGAGCAGUAUCAGCCGUCCCUGCGGAGGGACCCCAUGUACAACGAGUACCUCGACAGGAUUGGACAGCUCUUCUUCGGUGUGCCGCCAAAGCAGACAUCCUCCUAUGGAGGCUUGCUAGGGAACCUGCUGAGCAGCCUCAUGGGCUCCUCAGAGCAGGAGGAGGGGGAAGAGAGCCAGGAUGACAGCAGCCCCAUCGAGCUGGACUGAAGCUGCCUGGCCAGCGUGGAGAUGCCCAUGGCCGGCACCGCUGGGACGGACUCAGUGCCAGGCUGGGCACAAGGCCCCUUACCAGUGGGCUCCUGCUCUGCGGCUGGUGGUGCCACGUGUGCAGAGUCUGUCCCUAUUUAUGUAUGGUGGCUGAGGGCUGUGUGGCCAGGACCAAGAGCAAGGCCCGGCUCCUGCUGGCCAACCGUGUUCCUUCAGAUCACCCACAAUAAAGCGCAGGCCUUGCUGCAGCA